CAUAUAAUUUUCCUCUAUUACGAACUGGCUAUAGGUUCACCACCAAGAAAGUAAUAACUUAUGAGGAAUGAAUAAUUAAAAGAAUUUGGUAAUAAGAAAAGCAAAUCCUUUACCUACAUCAAAUUCUAAGAAUACUACUUUAUUUUUGUUUAGUUAAGUCUCAAGAUUUUGUGGAGUAUACCACUUUUACUUGGCCACAUAAUUUGUAUCGCGUAAUGUGCAUUUAAUGCUUCAUUUUCUAUUUCAUUCAGGUUCAUCCUCUGGUAUUAAUUCUUCCUCAAAGGAGUCCUAUGAACUUCUACAUGGGUUAGAAAAACCCAGCCCGGAAAUCAAAGAUUUAUCGUUUCGGUUUGUACUUGUACAAGAUAUUGGUGAUAGGAAGAAAACAAUACUAUUUGAUUCUAAAUAUUCUGACUAUGAAGGCCACGAAACUCAGCUUAGGGAUUCAUCUCAUGCGCCUUUGACCGACUUGAUGUUCGGGGCUAUUCCAAUGUCUCAAAAAAAUACCGUUACAAAAUUACAUGUUCUACAGUCUCCAUCUUCUUCUUCUAAAGAAUACAUGUUGACUCAACUCUUUCAGAUAAACUUGUGUGGACCGGUUGAAACUCCAGGGAAUGAUAUAGGUGGAGAGGAAAAUAGUUUCGACGAGCAAGGAGUAAACAAACAUAAGUACCAUGGUUUGGGUGCUUCUAAUAUUAAAAGCGAAAACUCAACGCAAUGUGAUGGUGAGACCGCGAGGCCUAGGUCGGAUGACCAAAUAGACGAAAGUCGUUCUGUACAAUCAGAAAAGGACGAGAAGGGUACAAGAAAGGAAUCUAAACUUUCACCGAAAAGAAAGAAUAAUGUAGCAUCUACUUCUUCAUCUUCGUUACUGCACGAUCAAAUGGAGAAGCUUUUAAGCAUUCGGCCUUCUGUUAAAGAAAGACCUCGACCCUCACGUUUAACCUCCUAUAGUCCUAGAUCAAGCUCGCCUAUUAGCGUUUCCCAUUCGAGCGCUUCUGUUCCAGACACACUAUCUAAUAACAAUCCUUUUUUAGGGACAAGGAAAUUAAAUGGUGCAUCUUAUCCUGUCAAUAAAGAAACGGGUAAUUUAAUGGAGAAUAUGCGCCGUCGUCGAAAAAACAGGCCGCCUCCUAUCAAUCUUUCUACAUCUAGUUUAAAUGGAGCCGGCGGUACGUUAUCACCAUUCCUAUUUACAGAAACUCGAACUCGGCCUUCAACGUACGCAUUAGCCUUAAUCAUAACUGUGCCAAUAACAUAUGAAAUCACAGUUCAUCCUCUUACUUUCUACUGGUCCUUAUUUUCUAAUGCCACAAAGUCUCUAAAAACCGAUAUAGACAAUCAUAUUCGGGAGCUUCUAUGCGUCUCGCUGUCCAAUUCUUCGAACUGUAAUGAAAACGCAAUUCCUCUUAUACAAUCUACUUCUUCAAAAGUUGGUUUUGGUUCUUAUUCACUUCAAAAAGAUGCAUUUACUAUCACAAAAAUUCAACAGUGUUUGCGAAUUCUGAGAACUGGUAUAUCUGCACCAUUGAUACAACCUUCAGUAUUCUCGAGUGAUACUUGGAUGGAGAAUAUUAAGAUACUAGAGGGUUCUUGCAGAAAUGAAAAACAAAAAAUGUUCAUUUCUGCAUUACUUACCCUUGCUAUGAAGAUGAGCCGAUUAAAGAAAACGGAGAAAACUCCAUGCAAAAUUAUGAUUCAGUCUUCCCGUGCUCCGAUUGCUCGACGCUUUUUGUACAUUCUAGCUCCCCUGCUACGUCCAUCAUUAGUUACUUCAUCUACUGAUAUUUUGGAUCCAAAUUCACUUUUCCCUUCUUCAGGAAUGCUCUCGUCACAAAGCAUGCCGUUUACUCCAAUUUAUACUUCAAAUAAUACUGGAGAUAUCCUAUCGUUAAAUGUGCCUAAUUCAUCUCAAGCAAUUGACAUUCGAUCUAGCAAAUCAUCAAACCAUAGCACUAGUCACAAGUCGUCCUUACGCAACUAUUUGGGUAGCUCUUGGAGGUUUAAAUUUAUGCGUAGUAGUUAUCAGAGUUCUCCAACAGGGCCGGAGAGUUCAGGCGGAGUUUCGAGCUCUAGUUCAAGACAACGGCAACAGCAGCACUCCUUUGGAAGUUUUUCUCCAUAUUCUUCUGACUUCACUUUUGGUUCAGAUUGUUAUGGGGGUCUUGAAUAUAUGGAUAGCGUCAAUGCCAAUAAAGAAGCCCUGAAAGGAUUGCCCAAAAGCAGACUAGUACCUAACGGAAUGCUUCAGGUUGACCUACCCAUGAUCGACUCCAAUUGUGAUUCCACAAGAACACGCUUACCGAAAUUGGGGCCCUCAGUAUCACAGGCUGGGUUUUUGACUUAUUUGCAUCCUUGUUUUGAUUUGCAAGCGGCGCCGCUGGACGCAUACAUCAUUCCUAACAGGGAAGAGUUUUUCGCGAGUACUCUGACGAGUAUGUUGGAAACUAAUAUGACGCCUAAAAAGGAGAAUGAUACCAGUUUAUAUUCAAGAAUUGCUGUCGCGAACAUUGACGAGUGUAAUAUACAAUGUUAUGAGCUCUGUGAAUUUCCUGUUAUGGAUGACUGUUCUCCCCAAAACGCUGAAAGUUUUGCUCCAAAACUAAACUGCAAUAUAUUCCGUGAAACAAUCAUGACUUCGUUCGAUGUCAAUCAGGGUUGCUUUUAUUCUCUCAAACGUUCUUACGGUUUGUACGACUACGGUUAUGUGGAUGAUGAUUUUGUUAAUAUAGCCUUAGCUGGUAAAUUAGAGAGUGUAUUUGAUUAUAUUAAUAAGGAAGAUGUUUAAUGUUUAUGAUAUUUCUUUAGUGGGACGUUUACUCCAUUAUAAUGUAUACACACUUUACAUCAUGUUCAUUCC